AACAGGGCUGUUUCGUUGUCCAGAAGCGUCCAACUUGCGUCCAACAACGAACGCAUUGUUUAUGAUUCUGUGUGCUGAAGGUGCCUUCUCCUUUCUUGGCAAUAUGUCGGCACUCAAUAGUUUGAGUGCGCAGUACACUGAUUCUGAGGGUGAGGAUGACUCCCAUUCGCACCACAGUAAUUCUCAAGAUGAACCAGCACAAGUCCCUAUCAAUAUUGAGAGAGAGGAAGUCAAACCAGUUGAUGAGGAGAGCAGCUCAAACAUGGACCGCCCGGCACGACUGGUCUCCUACAUCGGGGACCCGGAGGACGACAGAGACAGUGACGAUGUGGAGGCGGGCAGCGACGACAUGGACAUCUCGCGCUCGGAUGACGAGGGGGCCGAGCAGGGCGCCGGAGACGCGCAGGGAGCCGGAGCCGCCGCCCGCAGCGCCGAUGAUGACCUGAUCCCGCCGGAGCCGCCGGGACGCUGCUCCAAAGACCUCCAGGAGAUGGUGGCCAAACUGUGCCAGAAGAGGCUGCGAACGGGCGCAGACAUGAACGACAAGCUGCGGGCGCACAAGGACUUCCGUAAUCCCUCCAUCUACGAGAAGCUGAUCCAGUUCUGUAACAUUGACGAGUUUGGCACCAACUACCCGCCGGAGCUAUAUGAUCCGUCCAUCUGGGGAAAGCAAUCAUACUAUGAGGAGCUCGCCAAAGUACAAAAGGAAGACAUGGAACGCAGGGAGAAAGAGAGGAAAGAACGCACAAAGGUGGAGGUGGUGACCGGUACGAAGAAGAUGACUGGCGAGCCGGCCCGGCGCAGCAAAUGGGAUCAGGUGGGAGCCCCACACGCGGGCGGCGUGCCCAUCAUCAAACCGGCUGGCCUGGCCACCGGACUGGCGCCGCCCUCCAAAACCAUACCGGCCUUCGGCAGCAUAGCCAAAAAGAAAUAGGGGUUUGAUGGGAAGAGUGGUUGUGCGUGGAUGUGUGUUUUGUGAUGGGUGAGCUCAGUGAAGGCCGUGGAGAAAGUGUUAUGUGUUAAUGUGUUGUGUGGAUGGUGUCACAGCAUGAAGAGGAUGUCGUGAUGUGGUAUUUUUCGGAGUGAGAGAAGUGUGAAGUGUGAGGGAAAUGACGUCUUCGAAGGCUCUGUGUGAAAAUGAUGAGUGCUGGGCUUGACAGUGCAUUUCCACUGACGUGGCUUCGUUACUUGACAAAGCGGCGGCGCUGUGGAAUUACUAUGUUUCUGGCACGGCUCAGAAGGCUAUCUGGGAGUCUCUCCCCCGGAAAGAAGCUGCUUUUUGUUCUGAGGGAACUGGAAUCUUACAAGCGGCCCUGUUCAAUGGAUGGCGUGGCGCUCCCCAGUGGUGGAGUAUGGAACUAACAAUUUCACUGAUUGCCGCGUGGGGUUCACGAGGCGCAGGCUAUGUGUCGGCUACAUGCCGCAACAUAUUUUAACGUGUCGGGUCGGUGUUAUCCAUUUGUAUCAUGAAUUGUCUCAUCAUUUUGUGCAUUCUGCGUUGCCAGUUUUCAGGCUGACUGUGUUUCACUGGUCUCGCUCACAGAAGCAUCGCCUGCAUUUAAUGAUCACGUAAAUGCUGUGGUGGAAAAUCGUCUGCCUUUGUGCGCUAUCAUUGCAGCGCGAAAUACAUGAAUCUUGUGA